ACACUGCGUUCUCACUGCGCUCUGCCCAAAUCACCCAUCACAUCUUUGCACGUCAUCCCUCUGCAGUCGCGUAAGGCUAUCGGUCACGUGUGUAUCUUCUGGUACUCCGAUUUCUACGCAACGCCGCCUGCGCCAGGCAUAUCCAUCCUCACCUGCAAACACCAUGUCCGAGCCCAUCCCAGAGGCUAUACCCACAUCCGCCGACCCGCGCUCGAAACGCCCAGUGAAGAAACGCGCCCUCACUCCCCGUACAGAGCAAGCCUCCCAGGUCGAAGCCCUCUUCGCAAAGCCUGACCGCGAAAUCCACAUCCCAGGCUCCGGCGCAAUUACCAAGACUUCCUCUCUGCCCCCAGAAAUUGUCGCAAAUGUUCAAGGUUCAAGCGCCGGUGCAGGUAGUGGCGAGUUCCAUGUCUACAAGGCGAGCCGGCGGCGCGAGUAUGAGAGACUGCGCGCCAUGGACGAAGAGGUGAAGAAAGAGGAAGACGAGAAGGAGUUUGCCAAGCGGAAAGAAGAGUUAGAGAAGAAGGACAAGGAAAAGACGGAGAAGAACAGGCUAAAACGGGAAAAGGCAAGGCAAAGAAAAGAAAAGGCGAAGAAAGGCGGCAAAGGCGGAGAUGGUGACGCCAAGGACGGUACAACCGGUGCGGAGCAAGCAAAGAAGAAGCUGGCCCCGAAUGCAAACGUACCCAAGAAUAGCGCCGAUGAUGAUGCAGACACACGUAAUGAAGGGGCUGAGUUCAAGAACGUUGAAGAAAUCGGCUUGGUCAUUGAAGACGACGACUGAUCUGCGUACUAUACCAGACGUCUGUGGCUAAGGACGUGUGCUAAAAUUAACAAUACCAAGCUUCAUCAAGAGCUGAUGGAGACUACAUCUGCAUAUUGUACAAAGCUUUCAAGGUGCGGCUAUGCAUGCCACGAAGCGUUUUCAAUGCUAACCAUGAUC